AUGAGCAAAACAAUCGGGCUGGGGAACCGGCUCCGGUAUCCCAUCACGAUCGUCGAGCUGCUCAAGGGACCUGGCGAGACAAUCAAGAAGCAGGAAGUGCUGAUGCGCUACUCCUUCAAAUGGAUGAAAGAGGUUGGCGAUACUAUACGCGGCAACACGUGGCAGGAAGAGCAAACAACAAUCGCCGACUGGGCAUCGCCCACGGACGGCGAGCUCAGAAAAUGGCACAUCAAGAAUGGGGAGCUCAUCAUGAAAGACGGGCCGUGUUUCGUGGUCAAAGAGGCGUGUUCGCACGAGAUUCAAUUCCAGGGACUCUGCGCCAUGUGCGGAAAGGACAUGACAGAGGUCAACUGGGCCGCCGAAGCCAGAGACACGGAUCGCGCCCCCAUUAGCAUGGUACACGACCAAACCAACCUUACCGUCAGCCAGUUUCAGGCUACACGCGCAGAGAACGACCUGCAGCGGCGGCUCUUGCAGCAGCGGAAACUGAGUUUGGUGGUGGAUCUCGACCAGACCAUCAUCCACGCCUGCAUCGACCCGACUGUUGCCGAGUGGCAGAGGGAUCCCAGCAACCCCAACCACGGGUCGGUCAAGGCGGUCCAGAGAUUCCAGCUCGACGACGGUCCCCGCGGCGUAACUCAAGGCUGUUGGUACUUCAUCAAGAUGCGCCCGGGCCUGGAGCAGUUCUUGGCGCACGUCUCGGAGCUGUUCGAGCUGCACGUAUACACCAUGGGCACACGGGCCUAUGCCCAGGCUGUCGCGCGCAUCGUGGAUCCCGAGCAGAAGCUGUUUGGGAACCGCGUCAUCAGCCGUGACGAAAACGGCAACAUGUACGCCAAGAGCCUGCAGCGACUCUUCCCCGUUAGCACUAACAUGGUCCUCAUUAUCGACGACCGUGCCGAUGUUUGGCCGCGUAACAAGCCCAACCUUAUCAAGGUAUCGCCAUAUGACUUCUUUCGGGGCAUCGGGGACAUCAACUCGAGCUUCUUGCCCAAACGCCAAGACGCGCUCGCACCAGACGCCGCCGCGGUGACGAACGGCGACAGCAACCCGAGACCCAGAGCAGGGCGAACCGUCGAGGCAAGCAAGGCGUCAGCGGCCGAGACGCUUGCUAGCGCCGGCGACGAAGCCGAUCCCGAACUCACACAACGACAGUUGGAAGAGCAGGAACGCACGCUGGAGAAACAGAUUAAGGAUCGCCCGUUGCAGUUACUUCAAGAGAAACUGGACAAGGAGGACGAAGAAGCCGAGAGGGCAUCGACCCAAUCUGAAGACAACCAGGAGGCCCCAAGAUCCUCCCCGCCGCUUGUGCGGCAUCAGGUCCUCGUGGACGACGACCGGGAACUCGAGUUCCUGGAACAACACCUCACACUACUGCACAAGACUUACUACGAGGAGUACGACCGCCAACGCGCAUCUGAAAGAGGCAACGGAGAUGUUGAGCUCGUCACACCCGACGUGGGCCAAUUGCUCGACUCGCUCAAGUCAAGGGCACUGCGCGGACUCAGGAUUCUCCUUACUGGUCUUGUGCCAACCAACGUUGAUAUUUUCCAGUCCGAAAUUGGACAACGCGUGCUUGCCUUUGGAGCCGACCUCCGCACAGAUGUUUCCAGGGACCUCACCCACGUGGUAGUUAACAGCCAGCGCCCCUGGACCAAGAAGUUGAAGCGCGCGGCCCGAUACCCCAACAUCAAAAUUGUGAACCAAGGCUGGCUCGCGGCGUGCUUCUCGCAGUGGGAUGUAGUCGACGAGACUCCCUAUCUCUUCCAUGUCCACCCUGAUAUCCCAGCCGCAGAGAGACUUUUGGCUUCCGGAGGCGGGGCUGACACCGAGACGGAUGCGAGUGAAGCCGACGAUACGGACGGGAAUGCGGAGGUCAGGCCCCGUGGUAGGAUACUGCGUCUCAAGAGGCCGAAACUCAAGCUGGUUAGCGCUUCGGGCGAGACCCGUACUCUAGAUGACGGCGAGGAGUCUGACGACGAAGACGAAGCAGAGGCGGCGGACGCCGAUGAUCUGCUGCCGGAUGAGUUUGAGGAUGGUCAGCUGUCCCCCAUCGACACACUGAAGACAUUUAAUUGGGGUUCGGCGGAUGAGGAACUUGACGAAUUCUUGGCCGGGGCGUCAGACGACGACGACGACGACGACGGAGAUGAGCAGGAUGAAGACGACGCAAACGAAACUAGAAAAGACGAGGACUUCAAGGAUGAAGACGCUUCCGAGACGACAGACUCGGAAGAAAACAGGCGUGCCAAGAGGAGGACAACGCCAACUCGAAAGCGCAAGCGCAAGCUAGACGAGUCUGGCGCGUCAGGCAAGCUGCGACGGGCAAAGAGCGCCCGGGGAACGUCGUCGCUGAGGAACCAGUACGACAUCUCGGACAGCAGCCUGCCGACGCCUGCCGACGAGGACGACGCGUCCUCCCAGCCCAAACUGCCGGCAUCGCGGGCGCAGGGUGCUGCCGAGGAUGGUGGUGACGACGGUCUUUACUAUAUCGAUGAGGCGGAGCUCGAGGCUGACUUUAUGGCCGAGUUCGAGGCCGACGGAUCGGUCCCGCAAGGAGAGGGCCUGGGCGUAGGGAAAGCCGCAGAUGGCGGUGAUACGGAUAAGGGAUAG